AUGUACUUACAAAUUUUAUUGUUCAUUUCAUGCGUUCAAAUGAUAAAAGGAAAUUGUUCAUCUAAUUGUUAGUGUUGUGUUAAAGUUGAAUAAAAAUAUACUUGUGCAGAUAUAAGUUAUUGCUUGAGAGUAUUGUGGAUUUGGUUGGGUAUUUGGCUAAUGACAACCAUUGGAUAUAUAUUUCUCUAUUUUAAGAAACGAAAACAAACGAAAAUUAGAAUAGAUCAUAUUUUUGAGCUUUCAUCAGCCGCCUUGAAAUAAAUACUAAUUUUAUGUAUAAUAAUUAUUUUAUUUAGCUCCUGAAAAUACAUCAACUUUACCAUCUCCCAAUACAUGA